AUGGCCAUGUCAAUGAUAUCACCACAGCAUAACAGUCCCGCCGGAGGAGGCCAUGGAGACGCCGCCGCUGUUCCAGGAGUCCGCAAACUGCGACGUCUGCGGCUGCACCUUCUCCACCUUCCGCCGCCGCCAUCACUGCCGCUGCUGCGGGAGGACGCUCUGCCACGAGCACUCUUCGUACCACAUGGCCCUGCCUCAGACGGGAUAUACACGGACGCCAGGGUCUGCUAUGAGUGCUUCAACAAAUCCUCCUCCAGACGUGGUGGCAUUGAUAAAGUGAGUUCUCCCGAGAGCGUUUCGAGUGCUGCAGACUCCUUUUCAGGGAUGAAUUUGGAUAAAGAUGAUGCUUCGCCCGGAAAAAAUUCUGCAGUUCAGGGUGCAGCUGCCGUUAUUGAGUGCAAAUGUGGGAUGCCUUUGUGCAUAUGCGAGGCACCUAGACGACAAUCCGAUCCAUAUACAACAUGAUUACUCAUCCUCAUCAUUUAUAAAUAGCUUAUUGGUUCUUAUCCUUUAUUGUACUACAGAAGAUUGUUUUGUUUGGCAGUUAGAUAUAAAAUUAGCAAAUCUCUGUCUAAUAAAUAUCUGCCUAUGGACAAUUGCAGGCUACUCUGUUUAACCAGACUGAGAUUGCUCUUAUUCUUAGGGAUAGUGGAGCAAAUAUUCAACGCAAAAAUGGUCAAAGUUGGUUUUUGUUACAAUCUGAAGGUGUUUUGCCAUGGAAUGAAUGGCAUACAUUCUCAAAUACUGUAUAUCGAUGUGUUGCUGAAGUUGAUUAACCUGCAUUAAGCACAAAAAUUCCUUUUAUUUGUUCAUCAUAUUUCCAUCCGGACUACCAUUUCCACUCAGUUUAUGUUGAUACUGUCAAAUUUCUCUUUAUGCUCAUAUAUCCGUUCAGUUUAAAGCAAAAUAGCAGUUAGCAUGAAGAA